AGGGGGAACAUCGACGGGAAUAAAGCAGCGGCUUGGCCGCUGCUAUGGUGGCCGGCGUUCGACGAUGGCAGCGGCGGCAGUAGCUCCGGCGACGGCUGUGGUCGAGGGUGGACAGUCUUCUUCAAGCUCCAAUUUCUUCAAUUUCAUCUUCUUCUUCAUCAAUUGGUAAAUGAACUUCUUAGCCACAUAAGUUGAACGUUUUCCUUAAGAUUCGUUAUAAAGUGAUUGUUUAUGUCUUGGUGUUCUUGUUUGUUAUUUUCAUAAAAAUUGGGAUUGUUUAAGCGCAAUAAACAACUCUUGAUUUAAUGAAAAUAUGUAAUGUUUUUCUUAUGUGAAUAGAUUAAAAUUCUUAUACUUAAGUUGUUCAAGGAGACUUGCAAAAUAUUUUCAUCAUUAGACGUUAAAGUUUAUUAAAGUGUAUCAAAUGUUCUUCAUGAAUACUUUGUGCAUGGGAGUUAGAAUGAAAGAAAGAUUCGCUCUUUUAUAAACUUUUUCAUCUUUUGGAAUCAUUAUUUGAGCGCUUGAGCGAGUUUUGGUAGUUCUCAAUUCUCUCCAGAGUCUCAGUCGUCUUCCCCGGCCGUUCAAACUGCUGUUACAGAUUUGUUAUGGCCAGAAGUGUGGUCGGGUGUGAGGCAGAUGCUAGGGAUCGAAUCAGCCAACUCCCGGUAAAGAUUCUGGACCAUAUUAUGGGGCUCCUGCCUAUUCGGGAAGCUGCUAGAACUGCCGUUUUGUCUAAGCCCAGUGACGAUCUCGGGGAAUAUUCAUGUUUGUAUGCAAUCAACAAAGUUCUCCUGCAUCACAAGGGAUCUAUCCGGAAAUUUGUCUUUCUCCAUUCACGUGUUGAGAGACUAACCGUUGGGUCGCUGUCAUUCCACAUGCCUAAGUGGCUGCUUCUAGUCACACGAAAAGGUGUUGAAGAGAUUGAACUUCAUUUAAGGGGUGAAGCAUACGAGUUGCCGGUGUGCUUAUUUUCAUGCUCAACACUCACGAGAUUACAUUUGUGUUCCUUGUCUAUUGAACCACUAAGUUCCCCUUGCACGUUACCAAAUGUUACCUAUCUUAUCUUUGAACGUGUUUGCUUUGGUAUUAGAAGUCUUCCAAACUGUGUUGUUGAUGCUCCUAAGCUCAAGAAUCUGUCUUUUUUGCAUUGUGAGGAUGUGUUUCACUUUAACAUUACUGCCAGAAAUCUUUGUACUUUGAGGAUAAAUGGUUUUUAUGGUAGCAAACUUGGAAUUUUUCUCCCGGCCAACUUGGACUUGAAUUCUAUUAGCACUCUUAUCAUAGACACUCGCAUUCUCGAGUAUUUUCUCGGCCGAUAUACUGCAAAGCAAUUCAUGCUUCAAUUGCCUUCACUGAAUGUGGAACAACUCAGUCUACGGUUUCUUUGUUUCCAGCAUGAUGUUGCAGCUUCUGCAUUUGCUUGCUUGCUGUGCAAAUGCCCAAAGUUAUGCCAUCUUGAAAUUUGUUUUUUGUGGGUGGGGGAUAGAAACAAGUGUAUAGAUGCUACAUCGAAGCAUUUGAAAAAACUCCGUAGUGUGGCACGAACACACAAAAUGCUUUUGUCUUUGAAGCUUAGCUAUUUCGAUGGAUCGUGGUUCCAAAUGCAUUUCAUUCAGGAGAUGCUUGCAUGUCUUCCCGCAUUUGAAAAUGUUGUUAUUGAUGGAAAUGGUUUGAACAAAGAACCUGAAGCUAUGGAAGAAAUUUCACGUUUUCCGCGUGCAUCCGCGAAAGCUACUAUUGUUUUUCAAUGAAUGGUUAUCGUCUCCAAGUCGAAUCUAUCGGUACAGAUCACUUUUGUUUUUUGUGGAAUGGUAGAAAGGCAAAUUUUCCAUUUUUUUUACUAAGUGCUUUGAGCCAAAUGGAUCAUUGGUUUUGAGAUUCUGGGUUUAGAGCAAAUACUGUGAGGAGCUUAUUCAGCAAUGUGUCAACUUUACAUAUUUGUGUCGCUACAUACUCGGUAAAAUUCACAAUGACUUGAAAAAUGUUAUAAAAAAAUUGUUGAAAUGGG